CGAAGAAAAGAUUUAUUUUGUCAAAAAAGGGGAAAAAAAAAUCCAAAAAUCCCCAAAUCCAAUUCCUUCAAUCUUUUGCUCAUGGAACCUAAUAAUGACAGCAGUGGACUGAGCUCUUACUUCCUCCAUCAGCUCCACGGCCAAUCUCCUCCGCCACCACCAACCUCCGCCGCUCCCGGAAACCUAUUACCGGCAAAUGGAGUUGUACCUAACAGUACGACCACCACCAACAUGGCGUACCUCCAUAGCGUCCCUUCUGCGGUGUCAUCUCCUUUGGAGACUGUGAAGAGGAAGAGGGGAAGACCCAGAAAGUAUGGUACUCCUGAGCAAGCCGCCGCUGCUAAGCGUAUGUCGGGCUCUUCCGUGCCCAAGAAACGGGACAACCAGGAUUUGACGGCGGCGGCGGCUGCCGGAUCUUCUGGUUCUUACUCCUAUCAUUCCAAGAAGUCCCAGUUGGCUGCUCUCGGCAACAUUGGCCAAGGCUUCACUCCUCACAUCAUUAACAUAGUUGCUGGAGAGGAUGUAGGUCAAAAAAUCUUGAUGUUCAUGCAACAUAGCAAGCGUGAAAUGUGUAUUAUUUCAGCAUCUGGUUCAGUUUCUAAUGCAUCUUUACGCCAGCCAUCAACAUCUGGAGGCACUGUUACAUAUGAGGGACGAUUUGACAUUCUCUCUCUAUCUGGAUCUUAUAUGUGUACUGAACUUGGAGGUCGAACUGGAGGACUUAGUGUGUGUCUGGCUAGUACUGAUGGCCAAAUCAUUGGUGGUGGAGUCGGUGGACCCCUUACGGCUGCAGGCCCCAUUCAGGUUAUAGUUGGUACGUUUCUAAUUGAUACCAAGAAGGAUAUGACUGGUGAAGCUAAAGUUGAUGCUACUGCCAGCAAGUUGCCAUCACCAAUUCGUGGUGGGGCAUCAGUUCCAGGCGUAAGCUUCCGAACACCAUUUGAUUCUUCUAAUCGGAAUGUCAUUGGAAAUCAAUUUGUGAUUCAUCAAAGGAACAUGCAGUUCACACCGUCAGAUUCCAUGGAUUGGAGAGGUAAAACAGGUCACGGCGCACUCAAUUCUCCAGAAAACGGUGAUUACGAGCAUAUUCCCGAGUAGAGGAGGUACUGUUAUAUGAUAGGGUUAUGCUUGGGAUACAUCGUGGCAUCCAUCAUGGUGUCCAAAAUGGACACACGGCACCUCGGCGUUGGCUGAGGUGCCUGCCACGUCGGGGCCCACCAGCACCUCGGCCAAUACCGAGGUGCCGGGUGUCCAUUUUGGACACCAUGUUGGACACCUCGAUGUACCUUGAGCAUUUUUCUAUAUGAUAACCUCUGGGAGUUGCCAUAGUGUACAGGUUUUUAUGGGUUUUUCUUUUGGCAGCUGACCAAUGUAAUUCUUGAUGUAUUACUGUAAAUUAUCUGCCAACUCCUUGCCCUUCCAUGUUUGUCGUUUAUAUUGAUGCAUCAAGUUGGCCAAUACCGUUUAACAUAUGAACAUUAUGUUUGCUAUGUAAAAGUGGACAUUGAACAAGACUAGACAUAACAGUAAACGUGAUUUUUAACC